AGAGAGGGAUAAACUUUCUACUCCAAUAGCAAAGUUGUAUGGAAUCUCUCAGUGCUAGACAAGGUGCAUUAACGAAUCUGUCCUUAGGUCUUUUGAGUGACAACUUCCGGCAGAUGUGCAGUCUUAAUAUUGCAAGCAUUGAAGAUAUCACUGGGAGCGGCCUUGUAUGCUUAGCAAAGAAUCUACGUCAUCUAGAAUUCAUCGACCUUAGCUGGGCAGGGGGAUCCUGCCUGCAAGAUGAAGUCACAAAAGCGAUUCUACAUUACUGCCCAAGGAUAAACGAAAUGAUUUUGAAUGGCCAAGCUUUGAUGACAUCUAAACCCUUUCUUUCCAUUAUAUCAGAUUACAAUAAAUGGAGUCGAUGUAAGGCUUUAUUCUUCUUUAAAGCCAAGGAGAGGGCAGCCAAGGAAGUCCUGCAAAUUGCUGAUGAUGGGGAAUCUAGUGAUGAUGAUUAUGAAGAAAUUCACUUCCCGCACCGUUCCACCAAUUUUGCUACAAACCUUCAAUCUCUCUGUCUUGAGUAUUGUGACAGUAACACUGAAACCGAUAUGGAGGACAUUGUAACGGUCUGUAGGGGAUCCAUCACUGUGACAGAUUAUUACAGCUGUGAGGUGCGACCAAAA